CCGGCCCGCAGCUGUUCGUUUUCGGGCGGCCGGUUGCCGUGGCAACCAGCGCGCCCCAGCGCCGCGGCGGCGGGCAUGGCCGGGCUGGGCGGCGCGCACGUCCCCGAUGGCGAGUUCACCGCCGUCGUGUACCGGCUCCUCCGCGACGCCCGCUACGCCGAGGCGGUGCAGCUGCUGGGCGCCGAGCUGCAGCGGAGCCCGAGGAGCCGCGCCGGCCUGUCGCUGCUCGGCUACUGCUACUACCGCCUGCAGGAGUUCGCGCUGGCCGCCGAGUGCUAUGAGCAGCUGGGCCAGCUGCACCCGGAGCUCGAGCAGUACCGCCUGUACCAGGCCCAGGCCCUGUACAAGGCCUGCCUGUACCCGGAGGCCACCCGCGUGGCCUUCCUGCUGCUGGACAACCCCGCCUACCACGGCCGGGUCCUCCGCCUGCAGGCCGCCAUCAAGUACAGCGAGGGCGACCUGCCCGGGGCCAAGAGCCUGGUGGAGCAGCUGCUGAGCGCGGAAGGCGGGGACGACAGCGGGGGCGAUGGCGAGCCCGACGGCCAGGUCAACCUGGGCUGUUUGCUCUACAAGGAGGGACAGUACGAAGCCGCGUGCUCCAAGUUCUUCGCGGCGCUGCAGGCCUCGGGCUACCGGCCUGACCUGUCCUACAACCUGGCCUUGGCCUAUUACAGCCGCCGGCAGUACGCCUCGGCGCUGAAGCAUAUCGCCGACAUCAUAGAACAUGGUAUCCGCAGGCACCCGGAGCUUGGUGUGGGCAUGACCACCGAGGGCAUUGAUGUCCGAAGCGUUGGCAACACCUUAGUGCUUCACCAGACCGCCCUGGUCGAGGCCUUCAACCUCAAGGCCGCCAUAGAGUACCAACUGAGAAACUAUGAGGUGGCCCAGGAAACCCUCACGGACAUGCCACCGAGGUCAGAAGAAGAGUUAGACCCCGUGACCCUGCACAACCAGGCGCUGAUGAACAUGGACACCAGGCCUACGGAAGGGUUUGAAAAGCUACAGUUUCUGCUCCAGCAGAACCCCUUCCCCCCAGAGACCUUUGGCAACCUGCUGCUGCUCUACUGUAAGUAUGAGUAUUUUGACCUGGCGGCCGAUGUCCUGGCAGAGAAUGCCCAUUUGACCUACAGGCUCCUCACCCCCUAUCUCUAUGACUUCUUGGAUGCCAUGAUCACCUGCCAGACGGCUCCGGAAGAGGCUUUCGUUAAGCUUGAUGGGCUGGCAGGGAUGCUGACUGAACAGCUCCGGAGACUCACCAAACAAGUACAGGAAGCAAGACACAAUAGAGAUGAUGAAGCUGUCAAGAAGGCAGUGAAUGAGUAUGACGACACCCUGGAGAAGUACAUCCCCGUGUUGAUGGCCCAGGCAAAGAUCUACUGGAACCUUGAGAAUUAUCCAAUGGUGGAAAAGAUCUUCCGCAAAUCUGUGGAAUUCUGUAAUGACCACGAUGUGUGGAAGCUGAACGUGGCUCACGUCCUGUUCAUGCAGGAAAACAAAUACAAAGAAGCCAUCGGUUUCUAUGAGCCCAUAGUCAAGAAGCAUUAUGACAACAUCUUGAAUGUCAGUGCUAUCGUGCUGGCUAACCUGUGUGUUUCGUACAUUAUGACAAGUCAGAAUGAAGAAGCUGAGGAGUUGAUGAGAAAGAUUGAGAAGGAGGAAAAGCAGCUGUCCUACAAUGACCCCGAUAAGAAAAUCUACCAUCUCUGCAUUGUGAAUUUGGUGAUAGGGACACUCUAUUGUGCCAAAGGAAAUUAUGACUUUGGUAUUUCUCGGGUUAUCAAAAGCCUGGAACCUUAUCAUAAGAAACUGGGAACUGACACCUGGUAUUACGCCAAAAGAUGCUUCCUGUCCUUAUUAGAAAACAUGUCAAAACGCAUUAUUGUGCUCUGUGACAGUGUUAUUCAAGAAUGUGUCCAGUUUCUAGAACAAUGUGAACUUUAUGGCAGAAACAUACCUGCUGUUAUUGAACAACCCCUGGAAGAAGAAAGAAUGCACCCUGGAAAGAAUACAGUCACAUACGAGUCCAGACAGUUAAAGGCUUUGAUUUAUGAGAUUAUAGGAUGGAAUAUGUAGUAAUGUCUCCUAAUGGAAUUUAUCAAUCAAUCUGUAUUGUUUAUCUGUAUUUGGUCUUCCGUGUGUUUAUCUUUGGCAUCUUUACGUGUUACAUAAUGAGCCUGUACACUUGCAACUAUAAUAAAUAUUCCGUUUAAGGAGCCUUUCCGUUUAAUUGAGUAAGGAGCACACAGUAUGAGCUAGCUCACUUUGGAAAUCUCUUUGCCAGAAAUCACCAGGUUUUGCCCUCAAGCAACAGUUGCUAGAGUGACAUAUUUGCAUAUGCAAGUAACCCUCCAUAGUAGUUUAUAUGCUAAUUUUAGGCUAAGAAAGAAUGUAUCAUGAGCCAAUGAACUGUUAGACUGAGUAUGUUUGCAUUCCUGGUGACUGCUAGGUCCAGGAUGGUCCAUGGCUGGACCUUUCUUCAAUCAGCAACAAAGACAGAUGGUUUAUGUCAUCCCGGGAUAGACGUCUGUCUAAUAAUACCAAUUGUGACCUUAACCGUAUACCUCCACUCCAUCUUUUUAGUUCUGUAAACUCUGGAUCUCAACUGAGUCAAGUUUGGGCCUUGGCGUAAGCUCUUGUGGAAGUACAAGUACUAAAUGGAUGAGAAUUAUCUUCUUGGUUCUUUUCAGGUUAUGAGGUUUGGUCUGUGGCAGAAUUUUUCUUCCAUAAUUUGGUUGGUUAGUUGAUCUUAGAUUUUAUACAGUAUUUCCCCUCACCUUCCAUUUUUGGUUUUCCAGGACUGA